AUGUUAUUUGUGGAAUUAUUAUUGCGGGAAACUCUGAUUACAAAUUUCAGUUUUGUCUAAUUUCAUAAUACAGUUGUUGGUUAUUGGAAAUGGUUGAAGGUCCGGGGUGUAAAUUAAAAGGGAUCAAAAUAAAAGCGAAACUUCUGAAGCAGACAGUUAAAGAUGUCAGUGGAAAUUCUGUUGAAAAGUUCAGGAAGAGAGGCAGCAGUGGAGAAUCCCCAUUCCAUCAGCUGAUUGGACGAUCUCUCGAUGAUGUACAGACACUGGGAAAGGAACUCUUCAUGUACUUUGGGGAUAUUUGUCUCCGGAUCCACUUCCUUAUGUCCGGUCAGUCGUUCAUCAACAACCAGCGGGUGGACAGUGAGUCAGGUGGCAAGGCAGAGACCCCAACCCUUGAACUGCAGAUGUCUGGGGAUCUUCUCACAUUUAGAAACUCCGCAGCAGAAAUCAGACCUUCUGUGCCCUGCCGGAUGAAGUACAUGUAUGAAGAAUUGAACAACUUGAAUAUUUGCUCUCCAGUAUUCAACUUCAAGAGGGCGUUCUCUCUGUUCAGAGAGCAGCACGACAGACUCGUUUGUGACGUGUUACUGGAUCAGUUCAUACUCCCAGGUGUGGGAAACAUCAUUAAGAAUGAGGCCUUGUUCGACAGUGGAAUAAGACCAUCCUCCAAGAUCAGUGAGUUGAAAGAUGAGCAUAUUCAUCACCUCCUGAAGAUGACCAGGGACUUUACAGAAAUCUUCUAUAGGGUAGGUGUAUUCAUACUUUAUAAAGGAAAGAGCUCAUUGAAGUCUAGAAAGCUUCCAUCAAAGAACAGUUUGCUGGGUUGGGUGAAAACAGGAAGUGAUGUCAUCAUGUCUGAUAAUGCUCAAUGGACAUGCACAUAUUGCACAUUAAUCAAUAUGCCAACCAGUAUGUCGUGCAGUGCUUGUCUGAAUGCCAAAACAUCUGGGAAGUCAUCCUGUUCACAAUCAUCUGCUAGUGGGCAAAAUAUAAAUGUUUCUACUGGUGCUUUGUCAUCAAGUAAUGUCCAUAAUGCUCAUAAAGACAACAAAAGAAAUUCUUCAGAUACUUAUAGCUCAGAGGUGAAAGCUAAAGUGCCAAAAUUGGAAAGAGAUGUUUGUGGAGCAUGUGUAAAUUAUCCGCACAAUUUAAAUCAACCACAGGCAUUACAGCAGAAUCAAGCACAUGUGCUGGAAGCUCACCAACCAAACAGUCAAAACAAAAGCGGUGUAAAUGGCAAAUCAACAGCUGCUGAAAAGACUAGCAAUCCUCAGAAGGUAGAAUCAGAUUGUAAAAUACCACCAUGUCCAACACACCAGAAGAAGUGUAGCAUGAAGGAAGUAAGGAAGGAAGGUCAGAACAAAGGGAAAUGGUUCUUCACCUGCAAUGUGCGCACAUGCAAUUUCUUUAAGUGGGCAGACGAGCAGUUCCCAAUAUGUGCAGGUCAUGGGCAGCCGUGUACCAUAAGGACUGUUAUGAAGAUUGGGCCCAAUAAUGGACGAAGGUUCUUCACUUGCAAGCUGCCCAAGAACAAACAGUGCAAGUUCUUUGAAUGGGCCGAGGGCUAUGAUUGAUUGUGGUUGUUUCAUUCACUUGCGCAGUUUACAUAAUUGUCUUGAAAAAAUAAUUACAUGGUGCUGGUGUUUUUAUUGCUGUAUUUGUGUACAUAAUUAUGUGUUUCAAUCGUUACAUAGCUCUGGGUAAUUUAAAUUAAUUAUGUUGUUACUUUUUGAUGCAUUUUUAUUUUCAUGAUAUUUAUAUUACAUGUCCAUUCUUCUUUAUAGCAUAUGCAUCUUUUAUGGGUCAUAUAUUGAUUUUAUGUUUAGGUAAAUAUAUACUUUGGUCUUCCUAAAUUGUUUUUAAACUAAUACUGCCAAAAGCAAAUGAAGUCCUCUUAUGCAUAAUAAAUUUGUUAAUUGUUUGCUGGUGAUCAUUUGAAAUUGCCACUAAAGUCAAUAUGCGAAUUUGGCCAAAAGCUAUAGAAACAUUCUAGCUCGUGAUAAUGUUAGAAAAUUUUCAUUCUCUGCACAAGAAUGUAUUAAACAUUAGUAUCGCUUCUUAUAGAGUUUAAGCGAUGCUGAAUCUGUAUCUUUUCCAAAAUUUCUUGAGAUUUUUUUUAUAAAUAAUUUUGUUGGAAAGAAAAAAGCUGUAAGCAUUUGCUGUGUUCAUCUAUUUACAUUUGGAGCGCCUGAUUUCAAGAUUAUAUCAAAUAUUUAUGAAGACGAUCACGACAGCCAUACGCAGACACGUAUAGCUCCAAAAUAUCUGUCAGUUAUUGACAUUAAUUGGAUAACCAGCGAAGUGUGAAUGUAAGACUUGUUGACGGGCCAUUUUAAUAAGAAAUUAUAUUCUAUUUAAUUUAAAGAUAACUUCAUAUCUUUUAUCAAUAGUAAUGUUUAAUGCAAAGUAUGCACUUAUUUGCUCAACUAGGUGAUUAUUUUUCCAGAUUCAAUGUCUUUUAGCAAUCUUUAUUGCAACAUCACAUAAGGUGGAUGGAACCGUGCUCAAGAUUAUAUAUUUGGUAUCAAAGGACAAGGUGGUCGAAAAACCUUUCAUAUUGGAGUUUUCUGCUCAAGUUUCUUGCAUGUUAAUAAUCCAAAGAUCAAGACAAUCCAGAGAUCAAGACAGAUACCAAAGGUUUUCGCUAUCACCUUGGUCUUUUUGAUCAUGGAAACAUGCUUUGAUGUGUAAUAGCUGUAGUGUAUAUACAAAUGUACUUGUAUCAAUCAGACUUUGAGGUAUCUGAAAAAUAAACACCUAUCUAUCUA